AUCAGGCUAAUGAGCCGCACAGAAGUGGCAGCUGAACAAGCUGAGAGACUGUAUUAAAGAACGAAUAUAGCGGGGAUGGGGAGCAGGCGUCUACGGUCCCAGCUACUCGGGAGGCUGAGGUGAGAGGAUCGCUUGAGCCCUCAAGGCGGAGGCUACAGUGAGUCGAGAUAGCGCCAUUGCACUCUAGCCUGGGAAGCAGAGAGAGACUAUCAAAAACAACAAAACGAAUAAAGGGAUUCUACCAAGAGUGAGCUGGACUGAAAUAAACGACACGCUACUACGACCCAAUGCGUGACUAUAUCCACCGCACAAUGUGCGAUAAUAGCCUCAAUGCAGAGAGAAUUCCUCUUUUCCUUAUUCAGUACAAGAGAGCUCUAUAGAGAACGCAGGAAAUGCCCGCGAGAAACUCAGAAGUAUCAAAACAAUCACAGAUAUGUUAGGAAAGUAGCUCCCCGCCACUUCCCUAAACUUAUCUGCAGACUUACUUUCCAAGGUUACAAACACAAGAAGAGCACUGUAUUUUCAUGAAGCGGAAACUGUGCUUUACAAUCGCCAGCUACUAAGAACCUUAACGGUGAAGCGCUCUGCGAGAAACAGGAAAUCGUCAACACACUUUCUGCAUGAAUUGCCUGGAGAGUUGUGUCCAUAGACAAUUCCUGGUUAGAUGCUUAAUUGUAGCAGACUCCAUAACGGGGUUUAGCGGGUUUCCAUUCGGCAGAAAGGGCUCCACGUUCUUUUUCACAGAAAGGUUUAAACUUAUUUUUCCUCCUCAGGCGGACGAAGUGAGCGUCGUUCCCUGAAGGUAUGAAACCCUUUUCCUUCCUUUCUGUCCCUGGUUACUCCGGUUCAAGGCUACGUACUUCCCCGGUUUGCUUUGUUUUUUCCUCAGAGCUAAGUUCCUAGGAACGUCACAUACUGGUGCCAGCCAACAACCUGACGAAGUGCGGAACCGGAGUCCCCUUCCACCUAGCGGCCUCUCGCGGCGCAGGCGGGGACGGGGAGAUCGCCAGAACCUCCCGCCCAAUUGCGACCCCGCGCCAGGAGGCGGGGCCGAAAGAGGAGGAAGUCGGGCCGAAAGAGGAGGAAGUCUCGCCGAAGUACUCCCGCCCCAGUCGGGUACCCCUCCUCGCGAGAGCGCCGAGCAUUCCGGCCUGGGAAGCGCGUGCAGAAGCGGAGGUGCUGCUCAUGGGACUUGUCGGCCGCCGUAGCCCCUGCGAGGACAGCCCGUGCGAGCCUGCUGGAGGAGGAAGAGAAAGGCAGAGAGAGUCGGGUUACAAGAUGGCGGAUCUGUAGUAGUUACCGCGGCGGCGGCGGCGGCGGUGGGAGAGCGAGCGAGCCCUGGGGGGCAAAGGAACGGAGAGUGGGUGUAUGCGGGGGUGAAGUGAGAGGUAACGGGGCCUCCGGGCGGAGAGGCCUCAGUGGCUCUUGUCACCCCUUCUCGCGGCUGAACCUUUGGAGCCAUGGUGAAUUCGGGCCUCUCCGAAGCCGCCGCCGCCGCCACCGCCACUACUGCCUUUACCGUCUCCUAAGAGUGAGGAGCGCGGACGAGGUAAGCGAGGAGGCGGCGGCUGGAGCGGUGGAGACAGCAGCCACCAUGUCGGAUACGCGGCGGCGAGUGAAGGUCUAUACCCUGAACGAAGACCGGCAAUGGGACGACCGAGGCACCGGGCACGUCUCCUCCACUUACGUGGAUGAGCUCAAGGGGAUGUCGCUGCUGGUUCGGGCAGAGUCCGACGGAUCACUACUCUUGGAAUCAAAGAUAAAUCCAAAUACUGCAUAUCAGAAACAACAGGAUACAUUAAUUGUUUGGUCAGAAGCAGAGAACUAUGAUUUGGCUCUGAGUUUUCAGGAGAAAGCUGGCUGUGAUGAGAUCUGGGAAAAAAUUUGUCAGGUUCAAGGUAAAGACCCAUCAGUGGAAGUCACACAGGACCUCAUUGAUGAAUCUGAAGAAGAACGAUUUGAAGAAAUGCCUGAAACUAGUCAUCUGAUUGACCUGCCCACAUGUGAACUCAAUAAACUUGAAGAGAUUGCUGACUUAGUUACCUCAGUGCUCUCCUCACCUAUCCGUAGGGAAAAGCUGGCUCUCGCCUUGGAAAAUGAAGGCUAUAUUAAAAAACUAUUGCAGCUGUUCCAAGCUUGCGAGAACCUAGAAAACACUGAAGGCUUACACCAUUUGUAUGAAAUUAUUAGAGGAAUCUUAUUCCUAAAUAAGGCAACUCUUUUUGAGGUAAUGUUUUCUGAUGAGUGUAUCAUGGAUGUCGUGGGAUGCCUUGAAUAUGACCCUGCUUUGGCUCAGCCAAAAAGACAUAGAGAAUUCUUGACCAAAACUGCAAAGUUCAAGGAAGUUAUACCAAUAACAGACUCUGAACUAAGGCAAAAAAUACAUCAGACUUACAGGGUACAGUACAUUCAGGACAUCAUUUUGCCCACACCAUCUGUUUUUGAAGAGAAUUUUCUUUCUACUCUUACGUCUUUUAUUUUCUUCAACAAAGUUGAGAUAGUCAGCAUGUUGCAGGAAGAUGAGAAGUUUUUGUCUGAAGUUUUUGCACAAUUAACAGAUGAGGCUACAGAUGAUGAUAAACGGCGUGAAUUGGUUAAUUUUUUCAAGGAGUUUUGUGCAUUUUCUCAGACAUUACAACCUCAAAACAGGGAUGCAUUUUUCAAAACAUUGGCAAAAUUGGGAAUUCUUCCUGCUCUUGAAAUUGUAAUGGGCAUGGAUGAUUUGCAAGUCAGAUCAGCUGCUACAGAUAUAUUUUCUUAUCUAGUAGAAUUUAGUCCAUCUAUGGUCCGAGAGUUUGUAAUGCAAGAAGCUCAGCAGAGUGAUGACGAUAUUCUUCUUAUUAAUGUGGUAAUUGAACAAAUGAUCUGUGAUACUGAUCCUGAGCUAGGAGGCGCUGUUCAGUUAAUGGGACUUCUUCGUACUCUAAUUGAUCCAGAGAACAUGCUGGCUACAACUAAUAAAACCGAAAAAAGUGAAUUUCUAAAUUUUUUCUACAACCAUUGUAUGCAUGUUCUCACAGCACCACUUUUGACCAAUACUUCAGAAGACAAAUGUGAAAAGGAUUUUUUUUUAAAACAUUACAGAUAUAGUUGGAGUUUCAUAUGUACCCCUUCACAUUCCCAUUCCCAUUCUACCCCCUCUUCCUCCAUCUCUCAAGAUAAUAUAGUUGGAUCAAACAAAAACAACACAAUUUGUCCCGAUAAUUAUCAAACAGCACAGCUACUUGCCUUAAUUUUAGAGUUACUCACAUUUUGUGUGGAACAUCACACAUAUCACAUAAAAAACUAUAUUAUGAACAAGGACUUGCUAAGAAGAGUCUUGGUCUUGAUGAAUUCAAAGCACACUUUUCUGGCCUUGUGUGCCCUUCGCUUUAUGAGGCGGAUAAUUGGACUUAAAGAUGAAUUUUAUAAUCGUUACAUCACGAAGGGAAAUCUUUUUGAGCCAGUUAUAAAUGCACUUCUGGAUAAUGGAACUCGGUACAAUCUGUUGAAUUCAGCUGUUAUUGAGUUGUUUGAAUUUAUAAGAGUGGAAGAUAUCAAGUCUCUUACUGCCCAUAUAGUUGAAAACUUUUAUAAAGCACUUGAAUCGAUUGAAUAUGUUCAGACAUUCAAAGGAUUGAAGACUAAAUAUGAGCAAGAAAAAGACAGACAAAAUCAGAAACUGAACAGUGUACCAUCUAUAUUGCGUAGUAACAGAUUUCGCAGAGAUGCAAAAGCCUUGGAAGAGGAUGAAGAAAUGUGGUUUAAUGAAGAUGAAGAAGAGGAAGGAAAAGCAGUUGUGGCACCAGUGGAAAAAUCUAAGCCAGAAGAUGAUUUUCCAGAUAAUUAUGAAAAGUUUAUGGAGACUAAAAAAGCAAAAGAAAGUGAAGACAAGGAAAACCUUCCCAAAAGGACAUCUCCUGGUGGCUUCAAAUUUACUUUCUCCCACUCUGCCAGUGCUGCUAAUGGAACAAACAGUAAAUCUGUAGUGGCUCAGACACCACCAGCAACUUCUAAUGGAUCCUCUUCCAAAACCACAAACUUGCCUACGUCAGUAACAGCCACCAAGGGAAGUUUGGUUGGCUUAGUGGAUUAUCCAGAUGAUGAAGAGGAAGAUGAAGAAGAAGAAACGUCCCCCAGGAAAAGACCUCGUCUUGGCUCAUAAAAUAUUUAUUAGGGGACCCUCAACAUGUGGUCUUACAAUGCUGCAACUGUUCAGUGAGCUGAAAAUCUGAAUCAGAAAGCUUUCUCAAUUGAACCUAUAAAAUAUACAAGGAGUAGCAAAAGACAGUAUAUCAGCUAAGAGAGUUUAGUUCUAAUAAAAAUCAGGCUUCCCAGGAACUUGAUUGCUUGCUAGUAAUUAAGGGGUUUGCCUUUUAGGCUGUCAAAACAAACAUUAGUAACCAGAACCUGGGAGACAGCUUCUCAGCAAGGAAAAGUCACAGGUUUGGGGACGGUUUAGGGGAGGGGAAAAGGUUGAUAUAAUAAUGCAGGGUUGCUCCUCGGGGUGUCGAUCUAGAAACAAUUUUACAGAACUUCAGUUGUAAACUCAAUAACAUUACUUGUAUAAUGGUGCUGGCCAUGUUGUUGUUUUAAUCAGUUGCCUCUUUUUAAAAGAAAUUUUUAUGGAAAACACAUUCAACUAUCAUUAAAAAAAUGAAGUUAAGCUGUUGGGACCAUUUCUUUAAGAUUUAACAAAAGUUCAGCCUUUUAGGUAGUUGAAGGGAAGUACACCCCGUAUUCAGCACAUGUUGAGUUUUCUACACCAGGAAUUUUCAAUAUGUAUAUUGAUGAAAACAAGCUCAAUUCAAACUGGACAGUUUUAAGAUAAUGUUAAAAUCAGCACUUUUAGAGACAACGAAGGCCAAGAAUCAGUACAGUAGUAUUCCAAAAUGGUUUUCUCUAGAAAUUUGAGAGUAGAUCGAACAGAAUGUUGUCAACUGCCUACCAGUACAAUCUUUUGUGGAAGAUACUUUGAAAUCACUUUCUACUUUGUUAGUAAAGUUCUCUGUCUUUCCAGAGCUGCAAGUUUUAAAGUAUUACUUAUACAGACCAACAAAGAAUAGUGCUGAAUUAAGUGGCAUUUAGUAUCUAGAAGCCAUUUUGAUCCAAGAAGCUACUUAAGUGUCAAAGUCAGCAUGCAGCACAUGUAGCUUUUCUGUAAACAAGGGUGUGAUAUGAAAGCUGCUUUUUUAAGAAGAGUAAAAGCACAUUCCAUAUACAUAAGUGAAUUUUAAAAAUAAAUUGAGGCAAACAGUUAAGUUUUAUUUUUAGAGCAACAAGUUAACUGUAAAUAUUUUAAUGUUAGUUUGCUCAUCUAUGAUCUGAGAUCAUGCCAAAGUGAGAAAAAUCUCCCCAAAAUACAAUUUAAUGCAUUGGGAAAAAAAAAUUUUAACAGUAAUUCCAGCCACAAUCUUUAGAUCACCCUUGUAAUGUGUUACGGGUCCAUUUUUCCUGGAAUCGUUUAAUCUAAAGCAGUUUCCCCUGUUUUGGAGAUUUUGUAGUUAAUUUUAAUUUUGGCUAUUGUUUGGAAAAGAUGAGCUGUCUGUGUAGAUAUGAAGUAUAGUUUUUUCCAUAAAACAGAUGUUUAUUUUGUAUUAAAAAAUACCACUGUACUUGUUUUACACCAUUUGUAUACAUGUGGUGAUAUUAAUGCUAAACUGUAAAAUUCAGGAAUUAAAAUGUGACCCUGUAAUUCCAUAA